GUCGGGCAAAGAGGUGCACUCGUCGAGCAACCACCACAACGCCGCGAAGAAGUGACCGCCGUUGCGUACUUCCGACAGUUGCAACGACGUGCAUGAUGGCUGCUCCAGCCGCGGCCAUGCGUGGCGAUGAAGGACUAUCGAAGCUGCGGUUAUCGGUCGCGAGCCCGUCGAGCAGCGUGUCGUCGCACGGCCCGGCCAUGGAGGUCGUGAAAGCUGGGUAUCUGAGCAAGUACAACCGUGGCAAGUGGAAUGCCAAACAAAAGUGGCGUCAGCGAUGGUUCGUGCUCGAGAACGGCGUGCUCAAGCUCUUCAAAUCGGCUCCGUCGCUCAAGAGCCGCAAGAAGGCCAUCCCGCGGGACGUAUUUGUCCUUGGGCCCUCGUCAGCGCUGACUUUUCCGAAGGAGGACCUGCCGACUAUCACGCCUAGUCCGUUUUGCUUUGCCGUGCACACGUUCGACGACACGAGGUCCCUCUUGCUCUGUGCCAGAUCCCAGCAAGAGUUUUGUGAAUGGAUCGCCGUCAUCUCGGCGACGAUCCAUCCCGAAGCACCACCUGUUGUCCCACCAACUCCCGUAUACGCGUUAGAGCAAUUGCAAGAGCUCGGCAACAAAGUGGCUGCGCCUCCAGUGAUCACGACUUCUCCUUCUUUCCGGUCCAUCUUCGAGUCUCGAAAGGUCGCGCUCGGAGUUGGUGUUGUGCUAAAUCCCUUGAUGGUGCUGCACGUCGACCUUCUCAUCACGGCCAUUGCACUGCUCGCGGCGGCGGGCUGCCUCUGCUUCUUCUGGACAAAUCGGCAUGUCGCCGCGUCCAAAGGCAACGCGGCCGUUCGGUGUCGGUUGUUGUCGACGGCACCUCUCGAACUCGCCGCCGCCGUUCCACCACUGUUUCCUUUGAUUGAACCGGCUGUGGAACCUGCGCCAGUUGUCUGCGACAAACGGCCAUCGACCGAUGUUGGGCUGUCGCGUAGCUCAAAGGGGGCUGUUGGCUACGUCAAUGGCACGAAAGCGUUUGCAGGAUGCUCGCUGACGUCGGUGGCGCCCGACUUGGCCGACACAGCCAAGGGCAGCUGGACGCAGUUGGAUGCUACCCGUUUCAACGUUCGUCGGGGACCCAACUACAAGAAGAAUAAAGUCAAGGCGCCAUCGGGCCCUGCGCUUCUCGAAUUGGUGGCCACCGACGUCUUCCGGUCGGAUUUGAAAGUCGACAACAUCGGAAGCAAGAUUCAACUGCCCCGCGACGCGGACGGCCGCACGGACCUGCUCAUCUUGAACACACAAGUCCCGUGCUAUACCCCCGCGAACCCCCUGUGGGGCGAGAGCAAGACGGAUGGCGUCGGAUUCAAUUUCGUCGUGUACUUUUCAAUUCCCUCGGCAAUUCGGGCCCAGCUGGACGCCAAGCACGAUCCGGUGAACCCACAGUUGAGGCUCUUGAAGUGGUUUUUGGAAGAAGACAGCGCGGUCCGCGAUCGGCUCAAGGCGAUUGUGAUGGUGGCGAAUCCUGCGGACCAAAAGCUGGGCCGCAUGGAGCGCACGCUGCUGGACACGUACAAUGGCCAACCGAUCAUGACGCGGCCGGAACAUCGGUUCUACCGCGGGGACGGGUACUUUGAAGUCGACAUCGACGCGCACAUUUUCAACUACCUCGCCCGAAAAGGACUGACCGGGAUCACGCAGCACUUUGGCCACAUGGUGGUCGAUUUUGGCUUUGUCAUGGAAGGCCAGGACGACGACGAGUUGCCGGAAAACAUUUUUGGAAGCGGACGGCUGUGCCGCGUCGAUGUCAACACAGCCCACCACCUCUCGUUUCGGUAGUGCAAUCCCCACACACUUGUAACAUUAUUUCUUGCAAAUUCUUUACAAAGCGA